UGAGUCAGUGUUGUUGUGUGACAUAGUUGCUUUUUAGUAAUCAGGUGUUUUUUGUACAAUUUUCGUUCAGAUUUUACUCACUUUACAUAUAAUUUCUGGUUUAUGAUUUGUAAUCUUUGUUGUUAAACUUAUUUUUUUAUUAAAAUGAUAGUUUGUAUUUGUUAAAUUUUAUAUUACGUGUUUUUCAUCAAAAAUUGUGCUAGUCAACAUUUGUGAUACGAUCUAAGAAAACAUUAAGGUGUAACCAUGGGUCCUGAAAUCCAACACAAACACGAUAGGAAACUAUCUGAGAGGAAGAACAAAGUGAGACCACUAAAGAUAACUGCAGUUGGUGAUGGUAUGGUUGGUAAAACAUGUAUGCUCAUCACCUACACAACCAAACAGUUUCCCACAGAAUAUGUUCCUACUGUAUUUGAUAAUUUCGCUGACAAUCUCGUUAUUGAUGGACAAGAGUACAAUAUGUGUUUGUGGGAUACAGCAGGCCAAGAAGAUUAUGAAAGACUGAGACCUCUAUCAUAUACAAAUACUGACUGUUUUUUAUUAUGCUUUUCGGUCAGUAGCCGGAGUUCAUUUGAAAAUAUUGCCAGCAAAUGGUAUCCUGAAAUUCAACAUCACUGUCCUAAAGUGCCAGUGAUAUUAAUCGGUACAAAAACUGAUGUAAGACAAAACCAAGAUGGUUGUGUCACUAGUGACGAAGGUAAAAAGAUGAAAAGAAAAAUUGGUGCAGUCAAGUAUCUCGAGUGUUCAGCGUUAGCUAAUGAAGGAUUACAAAACAUAUUCCUAGAAGCUGUCCGAGCUGCCAUUAAAGUACCAAAGAAGAGCCAUUUUUUUCUAAAAUAUUGUUGUAUAUAAGACAAAAUAACUUGAAGUUUAAAAUUGUACAAAGUAAAUAAUUAAUUGGUUUUUAAAACUAAUACCAGAAUGAUAACUAUUAAUUAUUAAAACAGUGUAUUAAAUAAUGUGAUUAUAAAUAAUUAUUUAUUGGAACAAAAUGUGCCAUUGACUUUGAUAGAGUUAAGUUAUUGUUAAAAGUUUUUGUACCGUGUUAUGACCUCGUUAUUAUAAAAUAAGCGAGUUUUCUAUUUCUUUUUUUUUAUUUAAUAAUAUUUAUUAGUAUAUUUUUUUAAGAAGUAUUGUUUGUUAAUUGUACAUUGAACAAAUAUUUGUAAUACACAAGUCAUUUAAGGUUUACACUCACCCAUUAUUUGUGUUAUU